AUGGACAGCGAUGAUUAUUCAGGUACACAGACUUCCAGGGUCGUUUUCCGUCAUGGAAGUUCAUUAGGAAGCUCAGUUCAGGCAGCUGGAGAGAGCAGUAGUGGUCCGGCCUCUUCCUUGGGUGUUAGGGGUCAUUUUCAUCAUGGUGCUUCAAGUAGCUUAACUUUGGCUACACCCUUACAAAGUUCUCCGAAUGUUACUAAUCAUUUUGGCCAGACAGAACCGAUGUUUGGAACUGGUGGUGGUGGUAGAUCGGUGGUUGCAACUAACGGUUUUCAUUCUGUAAGAAACGCUGACACUUCAUCUAGACAUGGCAGAAGAUUAAAUCUGAGGCAGCCUCAGGAACCUGUAGCAUUCAGCAUAUCACUUGGUGGAAGUUCUGUGCAACAAAAUAUACUACCAAACGCUCUGUCUGGAGAUCCUCUCGAAACAUCAUUCACUAGUGGUGAGAAUCAGACAAAUUUAGUCCAUCACCCUGCAUUGACGAGGAAUAUACACAAAUUUGCUUGGGAUGCUAGCAGCAAUUUGUCAGGUAUUGAAUUGCCACAGUGGGAAACACCAAGAAUCAAUCCCAUGUUUGCACCUACAACUGAAAUUAGAAAUCAUGUGCAUGAUCAAUCAAUGUGGAGUUUCACACGUGGGUCUUCUACAGAUUCUCCCUUUGUUUCUCGAGCACGGACGAGUUCAGCUAUUCAAGGGAAACAGCCAAAUCCCGCAUGGAUUCUUCCUCAGAGUGCCCCAAUACAUAAUAAUCCAACGAGAGCAUCACACAUUUCUCCUUGGUCUUUAUUUCCUAGUAUUGAAUCUCAAUCUACUGGUCAUGGUACAUCUCUUCCCUUACUGCCCAGAGGUCCUCCUUUUCUAUCCUCAAAUGAGCCAUAUAGUUCUAAUACCCGGAGCCAUCGCUCACGGAAAAGAAGAUCAGGGUUGUUAUCAGAGAGACAUAAUGAGCUUCUCCACGUGCGUCACCUAGGGAGGAGCUUAGCUGCUGACAGUGAUGGAAGGAAUCACCUUAUCUUUGAGAUACGUCAGGUAUUAACCGCCAUGAGAAGAGGGAAAAGAUUACAUGGUGUUGGAUCCACUUAUCUUCCGGGGUAUGACUAA